AUGUUUUCACCUUAUUACACAAAUCUAUAUGUUACAACUCCAUCACCAUGUUUGUAUUUUAAUUAUGGGUAUACACCACCUCCACAUAACCCAUAUUCAUCUUAUUCAUCAUCUCAUUAUUCAUGCUACUAUAAUAAUUAUCAUCAAGCACUACCACCAACAAAAAUCUCCUCCACAAUUAAAAGAGAUUUUGCAAAGCAUUUACAAGUGUCUCAUCUCUCUUUUAAGAAAAUAUCUCAAAAAAGUCUCAACCCUUUCCAAUUCACAAUCAAAGAAAGACCUCCAGAUCUAUUUUCCUUUCUUCUACAAACCAAAACCCUUAAAUCCCCUUUUUCAUUCAAGCUACGAACAAAUCACAUCCAUGGCAACUACUUCUCCCAAACCUUGACUACCUCUGCUCUUCCAAACGAUGAUGGGGGAUUCCCUCAUCAGCCUCAACAACAACCAUCUGAGUGUAACUUCGUCAACCAUCCCAAUCGCAUCAAUGACACCACUGUUUCAAAACCCUCUGACCCAUUUACAGUUUCCACGGACCCCCUCUGGAAAUUCGCAAACAAAGCUCGCAGAGGAGUUAUUCUGUUUUCAAUCUUUGGCGAGGAAGAAGAAUCCCUCAAACGGAUGACUGCCACUUGA